GAGGCUCAUUGUUGCCCGCUAGUGAAUAGGUCCCCAUGAGAUCAAUGAUUGGGUGACGAAAUCACUUAUUAAGUGCUGUGGUGUGUUACAUGAUUUAUAAUGUCAAAAACAAGUUCUUCUAGCUGUGCACCUUUAAUCUUAAUCUAAUAUUAUAACAACAAUCUGUUGUUCUCAUUUUACAAAAUGAACUAUUGAUAGUUCAGAUAAUGAACAGGGACAUUAAAUACUGAACAAUCAUGUACGCUCUGAAUAAUCUAGUAAUUUUGAAUUCCUCUUAAACUUCAAUGACCAUUAGGCCCCAUUAUGUUGGCUGCCCCAAGAGUUGACGAUGAUGAACUUCAAAUGAAGGAGUACCAGAGGGAGUACUUUGAUUUUCUUGAUGAUGGAAAGGAACAGAGCAUCUACAUUAAUAAGAUAUCAGACAUGAUUCAGCAGCAAGGAAGAAGACUUGUUGUGAACAUCAAUGAUCUACGCAAGGACAAGCCUUCUCGUGCAUUGACCUUGAUGAAAAACUCAAGCAAGGAAAUCAUCUCAUUUCAAAGGGCACUCAAAGAGCUGGUUGAGCAGCUAGACAGUGAAUUUGGACGUGACAAAGAUUUCUACAUCGGUUUCGAAGGGAGCUUCGGCGCCAAACAUGUUACUCCUCGUUCCUUGUCAGCGCGUAACCUCAACAAUCUGAUAUGUGUCGAAGGUAUUGUGACUAAGUGUUCGCUUGUUCGGCCCAAAGUUACCAAGAGUGUCCACUACUGCCCUGCCACUAAGAAGUCUAUGGAACGCAUGUACACGGAUCUCACCUCUUUGGAGGCUUAUCCUUCUUCUGGAGCUUACCCGACUAAGGAUGAGGAGGGAAACCCACUGGAGACAGAAUAUGGUAAGUGUACAUAUCAGAACCAUCAGACUGUAACGUUACAAGAGAUGCCAGAGAAAGCUCCUGCGGGCCAACUUCCUCGGAGUAUUGACAUCAUCUGUGACAACGACCUUGUGGAUAAGUGCAAACCAGGCGACAGGAUACAAGUGAUAGGUACAUACCGGUGUCUCCCCUCCAAGCAACAAGGAUUUAGCAGCUGCACAUUUCGUACAAUUAUCAUCUGCAACAACAUAAAAUGUAUGAACGUUGAUGAUCACCCUACCCUCUCUGCUAGUGAUAUCUCUAAAAUCAAACGCUUUAGUCAGCAAAAGAAAGGUAACAUAUUCGAGGCCCUAGCGCGCUCCCUGGCCCCCUCAAUCCACGGUCACGAGUACAUCAAGAAAGCAGUGUUAUGUUUGUUACUUGGAGGUGUCGAGAAGAUUCUGGAAAACGGGACACGGCUCAGAGGCGAUAUCAACAUCAUGCUGAUCGGGGAUCCCAGUACAGCUAAAUCGCAGGUACUAAGGUAUGUGUUGAACUCCGCUCCACGAGCUAUAGCAACAACAGGUAGAGGCACUUCCGGUGUGGGUCUCACUGCUGCUAUCACCACUGAUAAAGACAGUGGAGAGAGACGACUUGAAGCAGGUGCAAUGGUGUUGGCAGAUCGAGGUAUAGUUUGUAUUGAUGAGUUCGACAAGAUGAGUGAUAUCGACAGAACUGCCAUACACGAGGUUAUGGAACAAGGGCGUGUUACAAUCUCCAAAGCUGGUAUACACGCCAAGUUAAAUGCCCGCUGUUCCGUGUUAGCGGCCGCUAACCCUGUAUACGGCAGAUAUGAUGAGUACAAGAACCCUAUGGAUAACAUCGGCAUGCAGGAUUCGUUGCUGUCUCGAUUCGAUUUGUUGUUUGUCGUGCUGGAUGUCAUGGACCCGGAGCAUGAUGCACGCAUCGCUGAGUUCGUUCUCCGCAUGCACCGCUACAGAAAUCCUGGUGAACAAGACGGAGAACCAAUCAGGAUAGAUGGUGAUGUGGACAACCUGGCAACUUAUGAAGACAAAGAGGAGGAGGAGGAAAUGGAGUUGUACGUGAAACAUGACAACCUGCUACACGGUCAGAAGAAGAACACUCAAAAACUCUGCAGUCUCCAAUUCUUGAGGAAGUAUAUUCACGUGGCCAAGAACAUGAGCCCAGUGCUGACUCGUGAAGCUGCCGAGUGCAUCUCCAACGAGUACGCCAAACUGAGAACUACUGAUAACCUCGGAAAUAAGAGCAAGACGUUGCCGAUAACAGCCCGAGCACUGGAGACCUUGAUCCGUCUCUCUACAGCUCAUGCUAAAGCUAGGAUGAGCAAGACAGUGGAAAAGAAGGACGCAGAGUCUGCGGUAGAGCUGGUGAACUUCGCCUACUUCAAAGAAACAAAGAGGAAGACGAAAAGGAGGAAGGACAGAGAAGAGGAUGACAGCGAUAUGGAGGAGGACGACGAAGAGGAUCCAUUUAGGUUUGAUGAAAAAGACAGAAAGAGACCCAGAACCACAACAUCAGACACAGCAGGGGAUCAGGAGACAAUGGAGACAGAGGAGACAGAGGACAGGUCUCAGGAAACAGCCGCUCAACCCGCCGACCCUACCCCGCCUGUGGAGGGUGUUUCUGAGGAAAAGUUGGAAGCGUUCAGAAAGUUCAUACACGAGAUAUUUAGUACUGGACACAAUAUCGAACAGGUUCCGCUAGAUAAGAUCCUGGCGGAGGUUAACCAGGCCGGAUCUCGACCUGAUCCAUUUGAUGAGGACGAAGUUAUGGAGUGUAUAAACAGGAUGAUGGAGCAAAACCAGGUUUAUUUGGAUAUGGGUACCAGAGCUGUCUUUCUUAUCUAGAUAAUAUCUUGUUACUACUAUCUAAGUAAGAUUCUUCUAAGUAAGAACGGUUUUUCUUCACAACAUCAGAUACGAUUGCAUCGUAUGUAAUGCUUCAAUUCCAUAUGGACGUAAGUAGUGGAUAAUAUUUCUGUGAUAUUGGCAUAUCAGUUAUUGUCUUUUUCCUCAUUAACUAUCACAUUUUAUGGAAUUUCAUCGUAUUUUUAUUUGAUAGGUAUGCUAAACUUAGUUUUAUGAUGACGUGUCCAACGUUUUUAGGAUUGUUUUUAAUCUUUUUAGCUUUUUAAUCUCACCCAACAAGUUGAUAAUAGUUUAAAUUAUUCACCUUACAUCUUUUGGGCCAGUUAAGGUACUCCAGUGAAAAAAUGAAGAAUCUUUUUACGUUUUAAAUAUCAGCCUUGUGUUUGUUCCUUGUUAGCCCUACGACUUGCAAUGAAAGCUGUUCCACAAUUUACAACUUUAUUAAAAGUUUAUGGAAAUUUAAUGAUGAUAUUUUAAUGAAACUUAUUUGAAUAUUCGAUGACAUGUUUAUUGUUCAAGUGAUGAACAACAAUAAUAUAACCGUAUUUGUAAUGCAUUUCAACGAAAUAUUGUUACCUUAAAUGAAUUUCACUAUUAGCUAUAUUUCUCCAGAAAACAAAUAUGCUUUGUCCACAAUAUCUAAUUAUUGUUAAAAUGUAUUACACGCAAAAUGUUUAAUUUAACUAAAUCAAUUAGUAAACGAAAUAAAAUCAAUGAAUGGAAGGAAUUAUAUUUAAUAUUGUUGGAGCUGACGUGAUAUUAUUCAAAGGAAGGUAUGGCGGUGCGUGAAGCAGCAGUUGACUUGAUAAACUACAUCAACCGGUCACCAUCUCCCUACCAUGCAGUUGCUGAAGCGAUAAAGGUCCUCAAGAAGGUUGGCUACCAGCGCCUGGAUGAAUCAGCUGACUGGAAACUUACUCCUGGAGGAAUGUACUACAUGACAAGAAAUGCAAGCACGCUCAUCGCGUUUGCACUUGGUGAGAAGUUCGCCGCGGGUAACCCCUGUCAGCUGAUCGGCGCGCACACCGACUCUCCAUGUCUACGUGUGAAGCAGCGCAGCAAGCACACUAGUGUUGGAUACAGCCUGGUAAAGAGUGAGUGUUACGGAGGUGGUAUCUGGGCUACCUGGUUCGACAGGGACCUCAAGUUAGCCGGGAAAGUGAUAGUUAAAGGGGAGAAUAACGCUCUAACCUCCCGUCUAGCGCACAUUGACCGCCCUAUCCUACAUAUCCCUACACUGGCAAUACAUCUUGAUCGUACAGUGAAUGAAGCGUUCAAGUUUAACAAGGAAGAGCAGCUAAUCCCAGUACUGGGGCUGAUAGAGAAGGAACUGGGAGGAGAGGUGGAGAAGAAGGUGACAGGUGUAGAAAAACAGCAGCAAUCCUUCACUAAACAUCACGACACAAAGUUACUGAAGCUGCUCUCAGAGCAUCUGGGUUGUGCUGGUGAUGAUAUUAUAGGGUUUGAUCUGUGUCUUGCUGAUGUUAUGCCAGGUAGUUUGGCUGGAGUAGAUGAGGAGUUCGUGAUGGCGCCCAGGCAGGAUAACCUUGUUAACGCAUGGGCUGGAACACAUGCACUUGCAAAACACAGUGUAUCCGGGUCCAGUACCGCUGCGGUCCUGUGUUUGUAUGACCACGAGGAGGUGGGAUCGCAGUCUGCGCACGGCGCUGGUACUGAACUCACCAACUUAGUGCUACAGCGCUUGAGUGGAAACAACUCCGAGCUUCUUGCUAAGUGCAUCGCCAAAUCCUUCCUUCUGUCUGCUGAUCAAGUACACGCUGUACAUCCCAAUUACGUGUCCAAACACGAGUCUAACUUCCAGCCUGCAGUGAACGGAGGAAUCUGCAUGAAGCACAACUCUAACCAGCGCUACGCAACCACUGCAAUGGGUGCCGCCCUCCUGCGCGAGCUUGCUCUCCGCAACGAUAUCCCCCUCCAGGAGGUGAUGGUGCGCAAUGAUUCACCAUGUGGGUCUACCAUUGGUCCAAUCAUGUCCGCUAAGACUGCUCUGAGAACGGUGGAUUUGGGAUGUCCUCAAUUGAGUAUGCACUCUAUUCGUGAGAUGGGAGGUGCUAAGGACCCCUAUCAUGCUGUGCGUCUGUACAAAGCUUUCUACGAGCAGUUUGCUGGUAUUGAUGCUGCAUCUACUGAUGAAACCUGCGACGAAACCUUUAUUUAAAUUUUAAGCUGAUCUAUUUUCAUUUUCAGUUGUACGUUUAUCCCAAUAAUAUUGAUUUAUCAUGUGCUAUUUGAUUUUUAGGGUUUUUUUGUGUUAGGGAGACCCGAAAUUUACUGUGUAAUCUUCUGUAACUUGAAGCUCCCAUUAAUGAUGAAAGUUAUUGAGAAAAAAGAUUACGGUUAUAAUGUAUUAUAAUUUUACUUCUCCUAAGAUGUAAAGUACCAACAUCUUUCAUGACAUCAUUUUUUCGCUCAGUUGCAUAAAAGAUGUUGAUCGUGUAUAAUUGAUGUUUGAUUUUGUAUAAUCAAUGUGUGAUUACAUAAGUUC